GGGUAUCUGCACGAGUGUGAACUGCUGUGUUUUUGGGGAUAUUACAUCACUGCAUCGUCAGAGGCUGUUCAGUCUGAGCAGAGCAAGCAAGGCAUCAACAGUCCCCGAUCCUCUCUGACAGCUGAACGCUAGAAAGACUGAUACGACGCCAUCAUCAAGAAAGCAGACACCAGAGCCGCACUGACCUAUUGUCUCACAGACCAGGACGACUUACUGCAGGACCACAGACAUCAUGACGCAGGGAAAGCUGCUAUUAGCAAACAAGGGUACCAAUGAGUCCACCAGUGCACAGGGCUUGGCGUCACCUGCUCCUCCCAGCUAUGAGGAAGCCACCACAAACAUCAGUGCUCCUUGCUACAGUGAUGUUGAGACGCUCACAGAGUUCACCUGGGAUGAUCGCAACAUCAGGAGGGUCUUCAUCCGUAAGGUGUAUACCAUCCUGAUGAUCCAGCUUUUGGUCACUCUUGCUAUUGCUGCUCUUUUCACAUUCUGUGACCCUGUGAAAGACUACAUUCAAGCAAACCCUGGGUGGUACUGGGCCUCCUACGCUGUAUUCUUUGUCACAUACCUGACUCUGUCUUGCUGCUCUGCACCAAGGAGACUGUUUCCAUGGAAUCUGAUCUUGCUUGCCAUCUUUACGCUCUCCCUCUCCUACAUGACAGGGAUGCUGUCCAGCUUCUAUAACACCAAGUCUGUGGUGAUGUGUCUGGGCAUCACAGCAGCAGUCUGCCUCAUAGUCACAGUCUUCAGUUUCCAAACAAAGUUUGAUGUGACCUCAUACCAAGGGGUGCUCUUUGUCUUCUGCAUGGUAAUGUUCGUCUCCGGACUGGUGCUGGCGCUUGUCCUCCCCUUUCAGUAUGUACCUUGGCUGGAUGCCAUAUAUGCUGUCUUGGGAGCAAUAUUGUUUACCAUGUUCUUGGCGUUUGACACCCAGCUUCUCAUGGGAAACAAGCGGUACGCCAUGAGUCCAGAAGAAUACGUCUUCGCCACUCUCAACAUUUACCUGGACAUCGUCUAUAUUUUCUCCUUCUUCCUGCAAAUCUUUGGGACAAAGCGAGAGUAGACAUGAGUAAAUCAGAUCCGCAGACAAUGCGGAUCUGAUGCACCAGUAUGGAAAUUUAGACGAACACGACAAGAAUCUUUUAAAAGAUUGUGGUGACAAUGCUUCCACUUAAAACAGAUUUACUUUUUGCCUGAUUCUGAUAAAGUAAUUGAUACUUUGUGAAUCUCUUCUACAGUUAUACAUACACGUGACAUGACAUAAUCACAGAACCUUUCCCUCUUUUCUAGCAUGUUUGUGAACCCAAACUAUGGGGUACCUUAUUGACACUGUGGUUUCCUCCAUUUAAUGUAAUGAAACAUGCUGCGAGUGUCAGUAUUAAGCUGUUUGGGUGUCCAUAUCCAUAAAUAUAAAUUCCAUGCAAAUGAAAAAUGUUAACUCUCUUUAGGAGGUAUUGGAUCUAAAGUACAUCAUGCAUGACUCUCAAAGAAACUAACUAUGCUAAGUCACACAGUCAUUCCAUAUUUGGACUUUUGCUGUGGGUGGUGAUUUAGUGACUUAGUUAUCUUUUCGGUCAUGUCUAGUGUUGUCUGAAUACUGUGAAUUAUAAGACACCCCUCUUACAGUGUUUAACCGUUCGAGGGUAGGCGACAUGAUUUUUUGAAUGACAAUCUUACAAUAUUUUGUUAUCUUAUCUUAUGCCUUGAUUUGUUGACUCAUAUUCAUUGUAUAUGUAGAUAGUCGGUAUUUUUGAUCAAUUGAACUAUCAAGCUUCUGUUCACAUUGUUGUUGUGAGUCUGUAAUUUUGUCUUGAAAUUUUGUUUUGAAAUAUUUUGAAAAAAGGAUUGUUUAGACUAAGUGGGGGUGGUGACAAAUACUGAAUCUAAGCAUAACAGUGCCAUAUAUGCAUGAAUCUACUGCAAAUUUUGAUAAGGCCGGCAUUUGUGAAGGAACCUUGACUGCUAUAUUUUGUGACAUUUGAAGUUUAUUUUUUUAUGACAGAGUGAUAUAUUUAAGAAAGUGAAAUAUGAAAACUGCAUACUUGUAAUGAAUUUCUAAGUCUUCUUAAGUGACCUUGGAUUACCUUUAUUUGAUCAUAUUGACAUGUUACAUUGCUUCAAGAGCACCUUUGCAUUUCACUGUGGAAGUGAUGUCACUGUAUACAUUUAAUAAAGGGUGAACAUGUA